AUGUCUUCCGGGCGACAUCACCGACCGGCGGCCGGCGAUGGCGGCGGCGGCGGCGGCGACGCCGAGUCUGACGUCCAGGUUAACUUCCCCUCGCACUUCGACGACGGCCGCAAGAACGGCUCCGGGUCGGAGAACGGCAGCAGCAGCAGCAGCACCUGCAAGGCCCGCGGCGACAGCCUGGGCACCAAGUCGGGCUCGACCUCCCUGCUGUCGAUGAUGUCGGGGUCCCCUCGGUCCAUCGGCACCGCGCCCGACUCCGCGGCGGGAGGCUCGCCGCGCACCCCGCUCUCCGACAACUCAUCCGCGCACGGCGGCGGCGGCGGCGGCGGCGGCGCGCAGCAGGACGGCGGCGGCCUGCCGCCGGCGGUGUCCGUGGGCAACGCUGGGGCCGGUGGCGACGGGGAGUACGACGACAUGGACCUGCCGUCCGCGCACCCCACGCCACUGUCGGCGUUCGGCGGCGGCGACGGAGAGCUUCCGCCGGACCACCCGACGCCGAAGAGCUCGCUGGGCUCUUCCACGGGCCGCGGUCGCAGCCUGAGCCGCGCCGGCGGCGACGGCGACGACAAGAGCGCCGACGGUAGAAGCAAGUCGAUAGAGGCCGGUUCCGGUUCGUUCAUGCAGCGGCUCAAGUACUGGAGCGGGAUGACUCAUCAGGACAGCUCGACGUCGAUGGCGUCGGCGCCGUCUAAACACGGCCGCGGCCACCGUGGCGGCAGCACCGGUGCCGGCGGCAGCCGCGUUACUGUCGAGGCCGUGCAAGGUUCAGCGGCGACGGCGACGGCGACAGCGGCGGCGGCGGCAACAAGCGGUGCGGGUCGCGCUGCCGGCACCGCAGCAGCGGCGAAGGAGGCCACGGCGGCGGCGGCGACGGCGGCAUCAACGCUCGCCGCGCGAACGGCCUCCUCAGCGCCUCAAGGCGGCGUGUCGCCCAGGAAACUCCCCGCAUCGUUCACCCGCUCCUCGGGAAGGAUAGCCGACCCUCGCGGCAGCGGAGGGGUACGGCCAAGCGAAGCGGCACAGCCGUCGACCGCAAACAGCGGAAGCAGCGGCGGCGGCGGCGGCGACGACGACGACGACGACUCGAGCAGCACCAGAAGUCGUCCGGUCGCGGCCGCUCCGCUCUCCGAGUCGCCGCCGCCGUACUCCGAGACGGCGAGGUCGGAGGCGAGCGGCAUCUCGCCGUGCGAGCUCCGCGGCGUCCCCGUGAUGCCCUUCGACUCCGUCACGUCCGACGCGACGAGCGCCUACAACGCCGGGCCGCCGCCGGCCUACCGGUCGCACGGCGGCGGCCGCGUUAGCACUGUGGCGGCGGUCUCGUCGACGAGACAGGGGCCGUCUCCGCCGUACUCCGCCGCCGCCCGAAAGCGGCAGGAGCAGGAGGAGGCGACGAGAUUGGCGGCGGCGGCGGCGGCGGCGCCCUCUCCUGCCGGUCGGCCAGGCGACGACGCCUCAGCGGAGAAGGAGGAGGGAGCCCCGGCAAAGUCUCGAAAAUUCAGCGACUUUGGUGCGUCUCACCGCGCAGAGCUCGCUGCGAUGCGCCGUGCGAGGGGAACUUCCUCCCCCGGCGACGAAGAGGUGAAGGACGAGGAGAAGGAGGUGUCGGACGAGGAGGAGGAGGAGGAAGAGAAGAGAGAGAUGGGCUGGGGCGCAACGUCGGACAAGGAGGAGGAGAAGGAGGAGGAGGAGAAGCAGGACUUUGCCGCCGCGUUUUCGCCGGUGACAACGGCAACGGCGGCGGCGGCGGCUACUAUUAAGACCGCCUCCCCCCGACCCCCUCCCCGCUAUCUCGCGACCUCCAUCAAGCCCUCCAAACAGACGACGACGACGACGAGCGCGAACGGUGGCAGCGACGAUGGCGGCCUCGACGUGCCCCCCGAGAAGCCUAAGCCUCUUCGAUACGGCAGCAGCAGCAGCAGCAGCCCCCGGCAUCAGGCCUCCCCGUCCUCGCCUUCGCAGGCGGCGCUGCCGCCGCCGCCGCCCCGCUACAUGGCCAUCGUGGAGGCCGCCAACGUGAAGUCCGCGCUCGACAACUCUUCCACCUCGGAGCACACCGACACGUCGCCUUCGGAAGACGACGGGGGCAUGAUGGCCGAGAUCCUCACGGACAGGCUCAUGGAGGUGUGCAGCAAGAUGGAGCAGAGUGCGGCCUCUCCCGAGGCCGACCUGAGCGACGGUGCGGCGGAAGCGAUGGCGCUUGGCGGCGGCGGCGUGCACAAGCGCCGACCUUCGCGGCGCCGCCAGCUGUCCAACAUGUCGAACCGGACGUUGCACAGUGUCGCCGGCGGGGAGGGGGAGGAGGAAGACGCCGACAGUGACGAGGGAAGCGUGAUGGACGCCGGUGCCGCGGCUCGCAAGCUUCGCAGGGAACGGCUCCGAAAACGUGCGAAACAGUCGAGGAAGAUGUCGUCGGUUCUUGCGGUGCCGAAGGACGAUAGGGGAGAGGUGAUCCACGUUCACACGGCCGCGUACAACGGAAAGCAGGACGUCCUCAAGGCAUACAUUUCCCAGGGAGGCGACCUGGAGAUUCGCGACCAGUUCCAGGCGACUGCCCUCAUGCUGUGCGCCGAGAGAGGGCACACGCAGAUGGUGGACGACCUGCUGUCUGCGGGUGCUGAGGUGUCCUGCGUGGACGAGAACGCCAACAGCGCCCUUCACCUCGCGUGUUUCUACGGCAACACGGAAGCGGUGGAGCUGCUGCUAGCGGUGGACGCCGACAUUGGGGCGGUGGACUCGGAAGGGAGAACACCGCUCGACCUCGCCACGGACCCCGCGAUCCGACGCAUCCUGCGGAUCGAGCAGAUGGUUCGCUUCUCCGGAGAGAACUUCGACCUCCUCGGCGCCGUGGAGGUCAACGACACCAUGGCUGUGGCAAACUUCAUCGCCAUGGGGCAGGAAGCCUGCGGCUACCCACACAACCCCAACGCCGUCGCCGUCGCCUCUAAGCGGCUACGGCUCAACCGGACGGGGCGGGGGGGCAUGUCGGCGGUCCACCUCGCCGCCUUCCACGGGUACGCCGACUCCCUCCGACUCCUCCUCGAGGCCGGGUCGGACCCGAACGCCGUCAGCGACGACGGAGAAACCCCGCUCCACACGGCGUGCAAUGGCGGGAGCAUUCUGUGCGCCACGCUCCUCCUCGAGCACGGAGCGAAUCCGCUAGCCACCGAUGCCAACGGGCUCGUGCCAUGCGAGAAGCACAUUGCGGGAGGUCGGCAGGAGAUGAAACACCUCCUCGAGGCGAAAGCCUUCCAAGCCACCCCCGCGAACCUCCUCGCUCUGCGGGCCGACCUGGCGGAGGUAGCGCUCCAGAUCGACGCCGAAGAGGACCUGUUCGUGAGGAAGGGCGUGGCCAUCAAGUACCUUCGCAAGGCACUCAAGAAGAAGGAUGUGGACCUGGGGAGGCUCCGGCAGGCCGUGGAGGCUAGAGACACGGACAUCCGCCACCUGGCCGACAGGAUGGAGAGCGUGCACAAGCUGCUCAAGGGGGUCUCGGCGUUGCAGUAG